AUGGGAAAUUGCAAUUUUAAAGCAGAAUACGAAAACGAUAACGUGGCUUAGGUUACAAAGAAUCAUUUCAUGUUUCAAUACGUUAUUGGAAGAGGAGGAUUCGGUAAAGUUUGGAAAGUAGAAAAGAAGAAAGAAAAGAAGCUAUUUGCAAUGAAGGAGAUGCACAAAGGACGUGUAAUUUCCAAGCGCAGUGUGAAUUCUGUUAUGAAUGAGAAGAAGUUUCUAUCAUAGUUAAGACACCAGUUUUUGGUCAACAUGCAUUUUGCUUUUUAAGACAGAGAGAAUCUAUAUUUAGUAAUUGAUCUUAUGCCAGGUGGUGAUCUAAGAUAUCAUUUCGCUAAACAUAGAAAAUUCACGGAGGAAUAAACGAGCUAUAUGAGAAUUACCGAUUUGGGUAUUGCUAGGGUAUGGAACCCUGACAACGCCAAAGAUACCUCUGGGACUCCAGGAUAUAUGGCCCCAGAAGUAAUGUGCAGAUAAAAUCAUGGAGUUGCUGUGGAUUAUUUUGCUGUUGGUGUAAUUGGCUACGAAUGCAUGUAUGGCAAGAGACCCUACAUAGGCAAGAAUAGGAAGGAGAUUAGAGAUCAUAUUCUCUCAAAGCAGGUUUAAAUUAGAAGAAAUGAGGUUCCUCCAGGCUGGAGUCUCGAGGCUGCAGAUUUCAUUAAUAAGCUCAUUUAAAGAAAGCCAAUCAAUAGAUUGGGACUAAAUGGGCCUGAAGAGGUUAAAACUCAUGUUUGGUUCAAGGACUUCAAAUGGGACGAUAUUCAAAAUAAGAAAGUGAAAUCUCCCUUCAUUCCACCCAAGGAAGAUAACUUUGAUGCAAAGUAUACCAAUAGUGAGUGGAAAGAUAACAAUGAGGAACAGAUGCGACAGAAUUCAUUGCUUCUCAGAAGAAAUAGUGUCUAAGCUCUUUUCAACGGCUAUUAUCACGAUGAAAAAAUUCAAGCGACCGUGAAUAAAAAUCCUAACGUUAUUGAGGAGCAUAUACCUUAAGGCCCAAGUGUAAAUUCGAGUACAACAAACGAGGUCUCAAAUAACAACUCAAAUAUGAAUAUCAAAAAAGAGGAGAAUCAAUCCUCAAACAGUUCAUAGUAAUAAGACUUCAAGGACAGUGCUAGAAAGGGAAAUUUACAAAACCCACCAGCAGCUUAGAAAAAAUCUAGUAUACGCUAAGACUCUUUUUCAUAGAUAUGA